CCAAGUACUCCGCCAAAAGACGCGACGACCUUUGAUAAACCCGGCCGGUUCAUGGCUCAAUAGAUUUCUAGUACGCACCUCUUUGAACACUCAUUUGUGUACCAUGGGGCCUGUGUCCAAUGCUGGCCCCGGUGCUGGAAACAUCAAGGUUGCUGUGCGUGUUAGGCCGUUCAAUGCUAGGGAACUCGCUCGGAAUGAGAAAUCUAUCGUAUCUAUUUCCAACAACCAGACGAUACUCACCCCACCAUCGACGUCCAAGUCGGCAUCAUAUCAGUCACGUACAUUCACCUUCGAUGCAGCCUACAAUUCUUUCGUUUCCUCCACAGACCCUGAAUAUGCUUCUCAAGCCCAUAUCUACGACUCACUCGGCCGUGAACUGCUGAAUCACGCGUUCGAGGGAUACAACACCUGUAUCUUCGCCUACGGUCAAACUGGUUCAGGAAAGAGCUACUCAAUGAUGGGCUACGAAGGCGAAGAAGGUAUUGUGCCGAGGAUGUGUCAGGAGAUGUUUGAGAGGGUGAAGCAGCUGGAAGGGAAGGAGGGAACGGAGUGUAGGAUUGAGGUGUCGUAUCUGGAAAUCUAUAAUGAACGCGUACGCGACCUUCUCAAUCCCAAUCCGAAGGCAAAGACGCAUCUGAAGGUCAGGGAGCAUCCCACACUAGGUCCAUACGUCGAAGACCUCUCGAAACUUGCUGUUACUUCAUAUGCUUCCGUUUCCUCACUCAUGGAUGCCGGGAACAAAGCCAGGACUGUUGCCGCGACGCAAAUGAACGAGACUUCUAGUCGUUCCCACGCUGUAUUCUGCAUCAGUUUAACACAAACAGAGAAGGUUGGGGAUGGCGUGGGCGAGAAAGUGAGUCGGAUCAGUUUGGUGGAUCUGGCGGGAAGUGAAAGGGUCAAAAGUACCGAAGCUACUGGAGUACGGCUGAAAGAGGGAGCGGAAAUCAACCGAUCUCUGUCGACACUUGGUCGCGUCAUCUCGGCAUUGGCAGAGAGGGAUAAGUCCGUGAGCAAGGGAACUUCCACAAGUGUGAUUCCGUACCGUGAUUCGGUAUUGACAUGGCUACUGAAAGAUUCAUUAGGAGGGAAUUCGAUGACAGCAAUGAUCGCUGCUAUCAGUCCUGCUGCAUGCAAUUAUGACGAGACGUUGAGUACAUUGCGGUAUGCGGACUCGGCCAAGAGGAUCAAGAAUCAUGCGGUGGUGAACGAAGAUCCGAACGCGAAAAUGAUUAGGGAGUUGAAAGAGGAGCUCGCGCAGCUGAAAUCUAACAUGUCUUCACAUCCUUCUGGUCCUAGCACUGAUGAGACUGACGUUCCUCUGGAAGAGCAGUUUGUCAGUAUCAGGACUGCGGAUGGCACGGUAAGGCAGGUUUCGAAGGCAGAGAUCGCUGAGCAACUACAUGCAAGUGAGAAGUUGAUGAAAAGCUUGCAGGAGACAUGGGAAGAGAAGUUGGAGAAGACGCAGCAAAUCCAGGCGGAGCGGGAGAGAGCUUUGGAGGAUCUGGGGAUCUCGAUUGAAAAAGGCGGGGUUGGGCUGCAUACACCGAAGAAAAAUCCGCAUCUGGUGAACUUGAGUGAUGACCCACUGUUGGCUGAGUGCUUGGUUUACCAAGUGCGGCCUGGGAUCACGAGAGUGGGCAACGUGGAUGCGGAUGAUCAUGCAGAGAUCCGGUUGAGCGGGACAAAGAUCUUGGCACACCACUGUCACUUCGAGAACAUUGAUGGCAAAGUCACUAUCUACCCUUCCCCAGACGCCGUGGUAAUGGUCAACGGCCUCCGCAUCGAGGAGCCGAAGAGGCUAAAAAGUGGAUAUCGAGUGAUCCUGGGCGACUUCCAUGUCUUCAGGUUCAACAACCCGGAGGAAGCCAGAGCGGAGAGGAGAAUCAGGCAUCUGAGCGGAAUGUCAGUGUCUGCUGGACAGAGCCCAUUGCGCGUAGGAACACCUUUGUCACCAGGUAGAGAUAGUGAUGUCUUUGAAACUCAAUCUGAGAGUCCGUUUGAUGCGCCCGCAACCGUGGCUGCACCGGGGGAGAAUGACUGGCUUUUUGCCCGACGAGAAGCGAACUUGUCCAUCCUUGGAAGUGAUCUGACGAUGGAAGAAUUGGACGACGACCAACUUGAUCAGAUGUUCGAUGACCUUCAACGUAUCCGCACGCUGCGCCGUGUAAGGCCGCGCAGUAGAGGCGCCUUACCAGACGAUGAUGUCUGGUCGAGCGGCUCCGUGUCCUAUAAACGCGACACGCACUCUUCGCUGGGUACAAUGAUGGACGCGAUGAGUUUGGAUACCAACAUCACAGUGCCGACGGUACAAAACGACAUGGAGGAAAAGCUGCGAAGGAUGGCGAUGGAGGCGAACGAAAGAUUGGAGAAUAAUGGGAUGACGGAGCGCGAGUUGGCUUUGGCGAAAUGGGUUGUGCAGAAAUGGAAGACACGACGGGAUCUGAAGCUGAGUGAAGUCGUGUUGAGGUAUGCUGUACUGCUUAAGGAAGCUCAGGUGGUGGCCAAGGAACUUGGACUGGAUGUGUCAUUCCAGUUGACGGUGCUGGAUGAUGUAGUUGUGCCGGUGUCUCCAUACGAGGGACGUGAAGCCUCGAUCCUCGGUCUCACUGAUGAUGACGAGGACGAUGACCUACAAUCGGCAGAGAAGCCAUGUGUUGCAGUACGGGUUGCUGAUUUGCAGGCUAACGCUGUUUACUUGUGGUCGCUCGGAAAACUCGAGAGCCGCGUGCGGAAAAUGCAGGCUCUCACGGGCAACCUGGAUAGACCGGAGUUUCGACAGCACUUUCGUGUGGACGGCUUCCUCGAUGAGCAGAAGCCUACAUACACGCAUGUAGGCACCGCUGUUCUGCCACUUGCGGUUUUAACGAGUUUGGCUGAGCAGGCGCUUACCCUGGAUGUGUAUUCACCAUACACGUCUAAUGUCGUUGCUGUAUUGAAGGUUCGGGCGUCGCUUGAUGUUCUUGAUCUUGAUUCUGAAGGCAUUACGGCUAACCCAAGAUUGAAUGUUCACUACCUACGCAUCGACACCCUUCAUGGCCUGUCAGAACGUGAGGCGUCCGAACUCCAUCUUCAAUGCUCAUGGCCGUUCUCGCAACAUACCAAGCCAGUGAGAAAGUUUGGAGACGAAGCUGUCCGGUUUGAGGAGGACUUCACUUGUGGAGACCUCGAAGGUUCUACAGUUGACAAAGGUGGAGACAUCCGCCUUCAUCUCUUCGGUCGCAUCACUGAGAACCACAUCGAACGUCUCCUGAGUUGGGACCAAAUGCGUGAGUUGACGACGCUCGCCGGUACUGAGCACGGUCGUCGUCCUGAAGGGGACUUCAUGACGGAGGAGCGGCACGACGUGACUGCUGCCAUCCAGAUCCUUGAACGGAUGGCCACGGGGGAGUAUGGGCCUGUUCAUGUUAUUUGCGAGAAUGACUUGGAUCCGGGAUGCUUCAUGCUCCAUCUUGGUGUGCAACGGCGCAUCCAGAUCCGGUUGAGUCAUGGUUCAGGGGAUCAAGAGGUGUGGUCAUCGGUGCUCGCCAUGUCCAUUGGCCAUCCAAGGCUGCUGGCGUCGAAGCCGAAUCAUGAAAAUGAAGCCGACUCCAGGGUUGGUCUCCGCUUGCUGAAAGUCUCGGGGGUGCAAGCGACGGAUGACCCUACCGCUACUGUUGGCUUGGCGUCCUGGGACAUUGGUGGUCAUGAUGUCGCUAUGCUUGAGCAAGUGACUGCGUCAAGCGAUAGAGUUCUGCUCACGCUGAACACUACAGUACAAUUGGCUAAAGUUGCCGAGCCGAUCACAUGUUCGGUCGACAUCUCAUUGAAGAUUGUCGAACGCGACGCCAACACUGCUCCAGGAUUUCUCACCCGAAUCAUGUAUCCGUCACAGAAAGUCUGCCUUUCAGCAUAUGAGCACUUCGCGCUGACGAUGUCUCCCGAAGGUGCUAAGACUGCACGCGACGUGUGGAGGAUGAAUACUGCAGAGAAAUAUGUACGAGGUGAGGAGAACCUUGAUGGAUGGUUGUCCAGAGGAAGAUCUUUGAUUGAGGACUGGGCGAAGGCUGUUGCGAUGCAGAAGAGAGCCGCCGAAGUUGCGGUUGCAGCCAUGAUACAUGUACAAGACGUCCCAGUCAGGACGACAGAGCAAAGUGAGGAAGUUCUAUUCAAUUACGUGGCGCUGUGGAUGCGACGCGCACAGGGUACUGUUCCAUCUGGAUCUUCUUCCCAAGCUUUAGCUUCUUUGGCUGAAGUAGCACCGCGGAAACUCAUAUGUGCGGUUCAGCCGAUCAUGAGGACCAGCUCUGUUAUCAAGACUGGGUGGCUAUCCGUACUUGAUAGUCAAACUCAGCAAUGGAAUAAGCGCUGGUGGGUGUUGCGCCGACCUUAUUUAUUUCAGUACACGACGUCUGGCGAGGAGGAGGAAUGCGGAUUCAUUAUCAACCUCAAUGAAGCCAGAGUUGAUCACGCUCCAGCAGCUGCGACGGAUCCCGGCGUUGAAAACACGUUUGCAAUAUAUACCCAAUGGAAUGCGGUGAUGUUACAGGCGGUUAAUAGAGCAGAAUACGAGGAUUGGAUUGCGAGGAUUUAGGGGAGUGCGGAUCAUGGCGUUUUGCAUAGGAUACCCAAGAGUUACAGCUAAUUGCAUGUACGAGAAGAAGAC